GUUUGUGGAAUUCAUAGAAUUUAUCUUUAUUAUAUGUCAUUAUCUGUGUGUGGCAGACGAUACGCGUAUUGCGUCGGAUUUUCUCGAACGGGAAUCUCCUUGUUUAUGGGAUUUUGUCGAAUGCGAAUAGGACAAUUUUUGUUGAAGCGUCUUUAAUUUCGUCGGGAUAAUGGAAAAGCAGCCGUUAAAAGCAUCCGAUAAACCGCCGCCCUACUCAGUUGCAGUAGGUUCUGUUCCUACGUCCGCAAGUGCACCCAAUGUGGAAUACACAUCGUGGCAGCCACCUCCCGGGUAUUAUCCUAAUAACGCUAACAAUGCUGGAACUCACAUCCCGUCAUAUGGUUCUACACAACAGUCUACAACUGUUAUCGUUCCGGAAAUUAUCAUAGUUGGCGCCUGUCCUGCCUGCAGAGUAGGAGUGAUGGAAGAUGAUUAUUCAUGCCUCGGCCUGCUCUGUGCGAUUCUCUUCUUUCCCGUUGGGAUUCUUUGUUGUUUGCUGAUGAAGACGAGACGUUGCUCAAAUUGUGGAGCCUACUUCGGUUGAGUUACUGGAAGAGCAAGUACUGCUUUCAAAGUGCAUAUCAAGAAUUACCUCUUGAGUAAAUGACAGAAAAAGUGACAUUAAAAAAAACAAUGAAUAGAAGGCAUGAUAAGAAACGCGUUUGAAAUAAAAUUAUUUUUAUAGAACAGUUGUAAACCCCGUGAGUAUAAAAAAGCGUUUAAGAUUAGAUAGAAAAAUAGGAACCAAACUCUGAUCUUUUAUAAGAUGUAAUAGUUCGAAAUAGGAGCGUAAGUUUAUACACAAUGUUGCUUGUUUUAAAACAAAUGUUUGUUAAAUGUAGUCACUUGUAUUUUUUUUUGUUUUUUUUUUUUUUGUUUUUUUUAAGUAAUUGAGAUUCUAUUUGUUUCCGUGACAAUAUGUAACAUGCCUUGUCAGUAAUUUGUAAAAUGUUAAAUUUUAGAAUAUUACAAAUAAUAUUUUUCUAUAUCUGUAAGUAAACAGAUAUUUAUAUCCGUAGAUACCUCUACAUGUGCGUAUAUAAAAUUUCUGGUUUACUAUGUAUUCUCAGGAAUAAAAACUGUAAAUACAACGAAAUAAGAUGAGAGAAGAAAGAAUA